UUUGUUGCGCGUGCUUGGAAUAGUUGGAGUUGGAAUAAUAUUUGCGUUUUGCUAGUGUCGUAAAAACAGUUGAAUUUUACUCGUUAUUUUUCCAUGUAUUUGAAAGCAUCACUCCGUAUUUCACCGAGUAACCUGACAAUUGAUAUUGUAAAAUAAUAAAAAUGUCGAAACCAAAUUGUCUAAUUUGUGCGACUGAUGAGGGAAUUUUCUUGGAUUUUCUCACGUACGGGAAGGACCUGCAUCAUAUUAUUGAAAAAAAUUUAUCUCUCCAAAUUGGAAACCAUAAACUUCACGCUAGCAAAAUUUGUUAUAAAUGUACUUACGAGUUGACCGAGUGCAAUAAAUUUGUUCAAAAAUUCAACCAAGUGCACAAUAGCAUAGCAAAAAAACCAUCAAGACAAAGAAGUGGAUACUGUCACAUCUGCUCCGAAUUAGGAAAAAAAGGUUUCAUCUAUGACAUUAAAAAUAAUGCCCUCGAGAGCGUGUGUGAACAAAUUCAGGAUCUAUUGGAUCAUGACUUCUCGCCGAGUACUCAAACGAUUUCAGUGUGUUUAUACUGUCGGUACAAUUUAGAUGUCCUCUCUGAUUUGAAGAAAGUCGCCAAGAAUUAUUUCAUGAAGGAUAAUACACCGUCAGAACUUUCAAAGAUAAAUGUGAGCGUCAUAAAGCGAAAAACAACUUCCGUAUCUCUUCCAAUACGCGACAAUUCUCCCAACGCUAGCCCAAUGGUGAAGAGAACCGCUAAAGCCAUCGAUCGAUCAGUUUCACCCACCAAUCGACGAUGUGACAAGUGUGAAAUGAAGGUAGAGAAUGGCGUAGACAUGUUCAGAUUCCACAGCACUGGGGAAAAAGUGUGCAAAGAUUGUUGGAUGUCUAUGGAUCCAGUGAAACUGGUUGAUGGACAUAAACGGAAAGCAAUCACCCCUAACACUAAAUUUUGCACAGUAGUCUUGAAGGACGUGCUCAUCAAUCCUCCAGAAAUGAACAAUCCAAAAUCCCCAGGUGAAAAAUUCAAAAUUAGACGAACUUCGAUGCCUGCAGUUAAAACAGAGUUGGACCAAAAGGGAGAAGUUGUUUAUAUUAUUUCAGAUGAAUCUGAAGAUGAAAUGAUUACUAAGAAAACCAGAAAAGGUGCUAAAAGAGCGAGCAGUGAAAAUGACACAAAAUCCACAAAGAAGGCUAAACGAAACGCAGAGAUGACUCCUCAGAGAGCAACUAGAGCUAUGAGUGUCAUGAGCAAUGUCAGGACACCAAGUACAUCACCAAAAUUAGCACCCAAACGUCGACAUUCAGAUGAGUUCGAAAUUCCAGCUGCAGCACCCAAGCGACUGAGAAAUAAACCACAAAGAAUUGUGAAGAACUCUCAAUCACAGGAGUUAGAUAAUAAAAAGACACAAAAAACGGUUUCAAAAUCUAAGGGACCUAAAAAGCCAACUUCUCCCAAGAAAAAUUCCAAUGACGAAGGAUCAUCAAAAACUUCCCGAAGAAAGUCUUAUGAAGAUACGCCGAUGGCUGAAGAAGGUGUCCGAAAGUCUACACGAAUUAGGAAACCAAUGAAACAUUGGUCCGACACUUCUGAUUCUUCAGGGGAUUCUUCAGAAAGUACUGAAGAGACGGUUAAUGAAUCUGAAAGCAGUAAGCAAUCAAAUAAGAGUUCCAAUAGUGCAUCCAAGUCUCCUAAGACCUCUGCUUCAAAGACACAAUGGAAAGGGGCUUCAAAGAAAGAGAAAUACCUGGAUGAGGAGGAAACUGAAGAAAAUGAAGAUGACGUUGAUAAACAUGAAGAUAAUCAACCUUAUACUUGUACUAUUUGCAGUACACAGUUUGAGAGUAGAGUUGAAGGUAAAACUCAUCAAUUGACCCAUUCGAAAAAGCUUGGGGUUGUCUUGAAGAAGGUAUCAAUGUCAGGAAAUGUUCAAAGGGAUGAAGCAAAGACAGAUGAUGAGCAAAGUAUUUCAACGGGCAUUAUUGAGGAUGAAAGUUUUGAAAAUUCCAAAGCUAUUACUUCAGAAGUGACCAAAGAUGCUGAAAAAUCUAAAAAUGAUGGAGAUCCUGAUGAACAUAAUGCAGAAGAUGAGCAAGAUUUGAAUGCUGAAGCACCUGGAAAAUCUGCAACUUGUGAAGAGACGGAGAAAGAAUGUGCAAAGAGAGCAAAACCGGCUGAUGACGAAAUAGUCGAGAAAACAGACGAGAUUGAAUCUGGAAAAUCACCUGAGAUCGACGAAUCUCAUCAGGACGGCGAUAUUUUACAUUCUAAAUCACCAGAGGCCAACAAAUCUUCCAACUGUGAUGAAGAAAAAAAUCAAAAAGUCGACACUGCAAAUAAUGAGACAGAAAAGGAAAAGAUAGACGAACAGGAUGCAUCUGAAUUGAAUGGGGAUGAAGAAUUAUCCCACGAGCAAGUUAAGGAAAAUGAUAAACAGAAGGAUGACGAUGAGUCCACCGCUACUGAGUGUCAACCACCGGUGAUUUCUGAAACGAUAAAUAAGGAAAUUAAUGAAAAUGAAGUUGUAGAGCAAGGGACAAAUGAUGGGAUUAAAAAAAAAACAUCGGCUCAUAUACACGAUGAAAGAGAAAAGGGAGAGGGAGAAAAUGAGGGUCAACGACCUCAGGAAGAUACAGACGAUGAAGAUGUUGAUACAAAUCACAGUAAAAAUAUAGUAGAGAGAGUUGAUGAGAGAGAAAUAGAAAAAAUGGAGGACGAUAAACAAAAAAUUGGUACAGUCGAUGUCGAAAGAGAAACAGAACAAGCUGGACACCAGGAAGACGAUCUGAAUGCUCCAGAUGACGAAAGUGAAGACGAGAGAAGUCCAGAAGCCGAGCCCCUGACCCCUCCACGUCCAAAUCAAAUGCUAAAAGAGAAGGAUGAGCAACUACUAGACGGAGGAUGUGAGACGCAGUUAGAAGAAACCGACUGCGAUAAUUUGGAAAAAGUAAAGGAGGUGGAAUUAAUUUCUAAUGGUGAAAAAGAUAUCGUUGGAGAUAUAGCGGGGGUGGAUGAUUCCUCUGAGCUUGCGGAUAAGGGACCGCAGGGUGAAAUAAAUGUUGACGAAGCUAGUAUGGAUGCCAUUGAGAGGCAAAUGGAGACAAUUGUUGGAGACAAAGAGAUGAUUGAUGUAUCCAGGGGAUUUCAUAAAGACGCGAAAGAAAGCUCACACACACAUCUCAAGUCUGCAGCUGUUGAGGAACAAGAAGUGUCAUAAAUGGCGAGAAAAGUUAACAAUUAAAGAUUCUUUGAGAUACGUCUCUCUUUCAAGGACCCAUAAAAUUGCACACAAGACUAAAUUGUUUAAUUUGGAAUUUAUAAUAGUGUGAGUGAAGGUUUUCGUCAAGCGCAACUUGAUCUAAAAAGAGAAUGAAUUCCAGUGAAAAUCACAUAUUAUUCCUUAGGUAGUGACAAGGAAUGACAAUUAAUUUAGGAUCGUGGAUGUACGGGAUAAAAUUAAUUCUUGAUUAUUGUAUUUAUCCCACGAUUUUGUAUGGAAGAUACACGAAACUUCGUUAUUCGGUUGUUGCACGCUUUUAAUGGUAUAAUUUUAUUAUUUUCCUUCCUCUUAUUUACACGAAGUAAUUGACUUUUGAGACCUUCGAAUGAUGUAAAAAUAACCGAAUAAGAAGGAAUCAAUAAAAUUAAUCAGUGUUUUUCAAAA